AUGCGAAGGCUGACUUUGGAAAGAUUGGACAUUCUUCCCGACGGCGAGUGUCUUUGUCCGCAGCUUCCGGAAGGCGCAGGUGGUGCGGAAUAUCCCGUCCAUCUCAGCGGUGCGGUGUUUGGCGUUCCAGUGCGAGCCAAGGAGAAGCCAGAAGAUCCUGCAGCCGCUUCCUCCUUGGGGUGCGAGUCUGGUUCCGCGCGCAGGGAGGAUUCCCCAGCUUCGACUUGGAAGCGUUUCCAGGAGCUGGAGGAAAGGGACCGCAGAUUUCGGAACAAGUUUCAAAGUAUCGCUGAGUUUCAGCAGUUCGAGCGAACCCUGCAAUGGUUCCGGGCGCACGACUGCACAGAGAGCCACCGGCUGACCCACUCUUGCUUCAAAGGACGCUCCGACUUCACGCAGACAGGCAUGCUCGUUUUUGACACUGAAGAGGACCUCGAAGGGUUGAACAAGGCAAUAGCUUGGCUGUAUGACCGACGGAUUCCCGUCGUCUUGAUGGAGCGACAGACACGCAUUUUCCCGCUGAUCUUCGACAUGGACUUGAAGGUUACAUCGCAGGACAUGCUGGACUCAGUGCCUGUGCGCAUCAAGCGGACGAGGCCCUGGCGAGGUCGUGUCGAUUUUUGCCGCUGGCACGGCGCCGACCAUUUCGUCCUUAGCAAGGACAUGGUAUUGCUCCGGCACCUGGGAAUGAUCGUCUUUCAGUUCUUCCCGGAUCUCCCCCUGAUCGACUUUUGCAUCUUCAACGCAUCCGGCUGGGACAGAGUCAAAGAGUUGGUCAAGGUUUCCCUUCAUCUCGUUGCUCCCUAUGUGCUGGUCACACCCGAUCGCCUUACCGCCAUUCGGGAGAGGAUGCUGGAGUAUCUGGGCGAAUGCUCGGAAGCUGAAGGUCAUCCCCUGGCAGAUCUGCUGCAGACCUAUCUCCAAGAGUCGGAGGACAACACUUGGGACAAGGUCGUGGAUCAAACUGUGACGAGUGGGACGAAUGGUCUGCGCAUGCCGUACUGUGACAAAGCUCAGAGGAUCCUGAAGAGAGAGUUCGUGGACCGCAAGCGGCGGGGAGAGGUCUUUACCGAGCGGCAGCUCAUGGAUCUCCACGCGUAUCUCAAGGAGGAGGCCGGCCGUCCCUGCCUUCCCGAGGGCAUCUUGCGGCUAAUCCCAGCCAGGAAUGUGGAAGACGAGAAUGCGCUGCCGGAGGCGAAGUGGAUGUGCAAAGGAGAUGACUUGCCGAUAGACGAGUGGAUUCGACUGGGAAGGUGUCGCUAUGCUUGGCGCAUGCCUUUAGCUCCGCCAGGUCCUACCCCCUGGCGGCCUCCGCUUCGUUAUCAGUGGGUGGAGCCAGUGCCCCUCUGGGAGGAUCGAAGCCAACUGAAGGGCAGCCCCGUGGUGAGGAAAUUCCAGGGCUCGGUCGCUGAGUUCCGCAGCAACUGGGAAGAGGCACUGAGCCGCUCCCCUAAGCUCUCCGGUCGCUGGCUGAUCUCGAGCAUCGAUGCCCGUUGGCGCGGCGGCCUGGAGAACGACUCCACUCAUGAGGUUCGCUACAUUGUGCGAGCUUCCCGUGUGAUUCUUCUGUUGUCUCCUGAAGUUGGGGCAGCUCUGGCUUUUACGGAGUUUCGCAAGGUCUUGGCUGGUUGGACAGAGCCGGAUGACUUUCUGUGUGUGCCCAUUUGCGGCUCCCCUUCCGACUCACACUCGUCGGCACUGCACACUAUCGUCGCUCCGUCGAAGGAAUUCCCCACUUUGCAGGCAGCUCUAAAUGCUGUCCCGAGCGAUGAGCCUCUCCAUCGUGUCUUGGUGAGGUGUGGCACGCACGAGCUGCCAGAGACACUGUGCAUCAAGCGACCGGUCUUGCUGGAGGGGGAGGGCCGCUGGGAAACGACUCUGAGGAGCUCCAGCUUCAAAUCCAGUGGUUCUACGGUUCUACCGAGAGAGUGCCGCCCUUUGCGACAGAAACUACGCUCGUACUUCCUUCUAGCUGCCAUGAGAAGCUUCAGCGCUGUUGCGCCAGCCAUGGCCCGUAGCAAGCGGAAUCGCUUCUGCGUCUUGGUUUUGCUCCUUCCACUCCUCGGUUUGAGCUUCAGUAUGCCUCGGCCCAGAGAGAAGCGCGGCUUUGGGCAGCAACUCCUGGACAUGGCUCUCGAAUCACCACUUUACAAGAUGCUGCUUGUUCCGCAGGCCCGGAGGACCAUGGUGGACACAGCCGAGGCCAACGGGAUUGGAUGGAGCUCUUCUUUGGAGUACAUCCGCGGUCAGGGACCUUGGGAUGACUCUGUGUUGCAAGAGCUAGAAGCCGACUUACCGGCGAAGCUUCCGUCGUACUACAAAAAGCCUUUCCAUGCCUACGACACGGGCAACCUGAACUGGGAGGCCGCGUUUGAGCAGGAACUUGCCAGCAGGGCAGUAGGUGCGAGAAACUUCCCGGCAUUUGGGAAAGAUGGCGAGGAUGCUUUUCGAGCUGCGUUUGACAACGCCUUGGAAUCGCUUGGGGCGAAUGUUCCUGACGGUGGCGUCAUCGUGGACAUGGGAUGUGGGACAGGGAUCAGCACAAGGCGGUUGGCAGCGCGCUUUCCGAAUGCAUCACGGCUGAUCGGUUUGGACCUGUCGCCGUAUUUUGUUGCUGUAGGCCGACGCCUGAUGGAGCUAGAGCCUGGAGCGGGAAACUGGGUCACCGAUGUACUUGCUGACAAGCGAGUCGAACUGCAGUUUGCUAAUGCCGAAAGCACCGGCCUGCCAGACGAAUGUGCAACAGCCGUAAACCUCUGCCUAGUGAUCCACGAGCUGCCUCCGGACAUCACGAGACGGGUCUGUGCGGAAGCCUUGCGACUUCUGAAGCCAGGAGGCCAGCUAUGGAUCACUGAAAUGGAUUUCUCCGCGCCAGGCUACGUGCAGCUGCGCUCAAAUCCGUUGCUGUUUGCUCUUAUCCGCUCCACGGAGCCAUAUCUGGACGAGUACGCAGACUCAACUGAAGAGCUGUUUCCGCAUCUGGCAGAACUCGAGUCUGUGGAAUCAGUGCGUCUGACGGCCGCCACUGGCAGGCACUUUGCUGUGGUCGUCACGAAGGGCCGCGGAAAGGAAUCGCGGCUGGAUGACCGGCGUUGGGAUGAGUCCGGCAACUAUGUCGUGGAAGACACGCACCUCCAGACCUGGGAGAGCAAGCUCUCCAAGACUAGGAACCAAACAACUCUGCGCCUCUACGGGCCAGGAGCUCACCGGGCGAUGGUGCGCAACUUGCGGGUGGAAGUCUACGGAGGCGAGCAAGGUGGGGCUGCUGUGGAGAUCGACGCUUUGGAGGGCGAAGCGGCCGUUGUCGGCUGCUACCUGGCUGCGGAAGGCACUUGGGGUACGUGCGUGUGGGCCCGGGGCGGCUCUCCUCAGAUUGUGCGGAAUUUUGUCGCGCGCGCCCGCUGGGGCGUGGUUCUGAUAGGCACUGGCGGCCGUGUCGAAGAUAACAGCAUCCGUGGUCUCGGCGAAGCGGGACUCGUGCUGGUCGGUGGGAGCACCUGGGUUCACAGGAAUCACUUCGCGGAUUGUGGAGGUCCAGCUGUCCUGGCGGCCACGGACUGCCGGGCAGUCUUGCAGGAGAACGACAUCCGGGAAUGCCUGUCCGGCGUGCGCAUCAUCGGAAAGCAGUCGGAAAUUCAGAUGCGACCAGGAAAUCGCCUCCUCCACAACGGCCUGUGCGACGAGCACCAAGUUGAGGCGCCGCCCGGAGUCAUUCCCAGUGGUUCGACGGCCACGGUGAGAAGCUGCCGCCCCUACCCGUUUCUGCCCAAAGACCCGCAGGAGCUUCUCAGGCGCAUGCGGACGUGCCGGGAGCAUGCGGAGCUCGCGAUUUUGAUGCGAUCUGCUCGCCGAAGAGGCCUGCUGGCGCAGGCUUACCGCGCCAACCGUCGGCUGACAAAGCUUCGUAAGGGGGCGCACAAGGCGCCUCCCCCUAGGGCUUCGCCCGCAAAGAGGGAGGUGUUGGUUGUCGCGAAGGCUUGGGAUGGUCCCGGCAUGGGCUUCGGUCAGCAGUCCAUCUCUGUGGAGCUGGGCGAGCUCUGCGAGGUCCUGCGCCGCGAUGCAAGUGGAUGGAUUCUGGUGUCGACGUCAAGACAAUCUCGUGGUUGGUGCAGCCCUCAUGUCUUUGGCUAG